CGUGCGGCAGCGCCGACGUCACAGCCCGCCGCCGUUUGGUCCUGUUCAGUUCCGAUCGCCGCUCGGCUCCCUCCGGAGGCUCGUCACGUUCGCGGCUCUGCUCAGCCGAACUCAACCCGGAGCCGGAUGCAGUUUACCCCCCGGGGGAGCCCAGCUCGCGCGCUGAACCGGGGCACUUUUUUGAUUCGUACUUAACGCGAAAUAAGCGGCACAGACCGGCGGGGCGGAGGGAGGGAGGGAGGGAGGGAGAGCCGCCGUUACCGUAACGUCCGUGACGUCAGUGCGCCCGGGCCGCUGUGGCGCGAGGGGCUCGCCGCCACGCUGCUCGUCCGCCGGGGUCCCUCCGCCGGGGCGAACCGAUCCACCGGCCCGGCGAGAGCGCCGCCGCGGGGCGACGCAUAAGCGCGCGGUGAUGGAGAAGAAGAGGUCGGACUGCCCCGCGCUCCCUCCCGGCUGGAGGAAAGAGAAGGUGAUCAGGAAGUCCGGAUUGAGCGCUGGAAAGAGCGACGUCUACUACUACAGUCCUUCAGGAAAGAAGUUCCGGAGUAAGCCUCAGUUGUCCCGUUACCUCGGAAACGAAGUGGAUCUGGGAUGUUUCGACUUCCGGACGGGAAAGAUGUUGCCCGGAAAAAUGCAGAAGAACAAACAAAGACUUCGACACGACCUGCUCGGCCUGGCCAAGGGAGGAAAACCUGACCUGAACACAGCGCUGCCAAUCAGACAGACGGCAUCCAUCUUUAAACAGCCCGUUACCAAGGUUACGAGCCACCCCAGCAACAAGGUGAAGGCAGACCUGCAGAGAGCUAGUGAGCAGCCCAGACAGCUGUUCUGGGAGAGGCGGUUGAAAGGCCUGCAGUCAUCAGACGUGUCAGAAGAAGUCCUGCGGACCAUGAGCCUGCCCAAAGGCCUGCAGGGCGUCGGGCCGGACUCCAGCGAUGACACUCUGCUGUCGGCCAUCGCCAGCGCCCUGCACAUGAGCUCCGCCCCCAUAACGGGACAGACGACCGUGGCCGCCGAAAAGAACCCGGCCAUCUGGCUCAACACGUCCCAGCCGCUCUGCAAGUCCUUCACCGUCACCGACGAACAGAUCCGGGAGCAGGAGCUGAAGGUCCACCAGGCCAGGAGGAGUCUGGAGGACGCGCUGAUGGCUGACGGUUUGGCGCGGGCCGCCGAAAACACCCGAGAGCUCCUGGAGGGCAAGACGGCCUGAAGACGGCCUGAAGACGGACAGGUGAGACGGACAGGUUUCCUCUGUUCACCAGCCUCAGGUUUAUAAUCAGCUUCCUCUUAAUCCAGAUGACAAACCAAAACCAGACCACCCUCAGACUGAAACACAUCUGCAGCGAUCGCUUGUCUCCGUCAUUCUGUCCGUUAAGGAAACCAUUUUCAGGAUUUAUGGAAAUCUCAGCAACCAAAGCAAUAAUGGCAUCAGCAACAAGACAACAAGUAGCUGCAGCUUUAAAAGUUGCAACAACAGAAACGGCAACAUAGAAAGGAGCAACAGCAGCAAUAAGUGGAGCAUCUAAAGCAACAACCGAAGCCUUUAAUCCUCGCGGGGUUUUAUCAUCCGUACAACAAGUGCUUUCUUUGACUCACUUCUCAGAUUCAGAUAUCACUUUUCUUGGAUUGGGAGAUGAUGCUGGAAAAUCUCUAUUUUUUAAGGACACACUGAGCAGCCCUCAACAAACCCAAAGUCAGAUUGCAAACUGCUGGACGGCUUUUGCUAACUCUACCAACUCUUCUUGCUGAUGAUUUUGGUUGUUUGUGGUGUUGAAUUUGUUGUCAGUUUUCAAGGGUCUUUGAUGAAAUAAUAAUUUACAUGAAUAUGAACUAGAAGAUUGCUUAUUUAAGACAAAUUUUAUACUUUGAGAGAAAAUGUGUACAUUUCCUGGACUGUAGUAAAUAAAUGAUUAUAUUCACAAUUGUC